UUCUCAAAUGAUUUUUCCCAAAUCAACUACAAUUUUUUCUUUUUAAAACUGAUUUCUCCUACAAAUUCAAUCUUUUCAAGGGCCAUUCACGAUAAAAAUUCCCCAUGUUUUACAUUUUGCAACAUAAAUUUCACGCGGCUUAACCUUCCGUAAUACCAUCUCGUGUGUGCAUCAAUUUUAUAUAUUUAUUCACGCUUGGUAAGAAAUAAAAAAGAAGAACUUAAGCUCAAUUUAUUAUGCAAUCCAACCGUGUAGUACGAGCAUGUAGUUCUAUAGUAAUGUCCCCCAUUUUUUAAAUUUGAUAAUAUCAUCUCACGUUUCGAAUUAUUUCUCUUCAAUUUCCCUAAAGAGUUUUUAAUGAGUUUACCUGAAUAAAUUGGUUAAAAAAUAUAACGGAGUUAUCAAACCGAGUGAUAUGUACACAAGCUAUAAUAAUAUCCGCUUUUGGCAGCGAAUUUCAUUGAAUUCAGGCAAUAAUCCGUUUUGUGUCUGAAAUUUGAAUUGAGUUUCCCGCAGAUUUAUUUUUGCUUUUGUUCAAAAUUACAAUACCGAGGCGAAUUAUUAUUUUUGAAUCAACUUGAACAAAAAAUUGCUUCGUAACCAUUGAGCCAUUUAAGGAAUUUUAAACAGACUAUAAAAUGUAUUUGGGUUGUUUAUUACUUGAACCCAAUUUGAGACUUGAAUUAUUUCCAUCUUCACGCGCAGGUUUGAACAAAUAGGUCAACUGGGACUAAUAAAUUACUUCCUUAUUACUUUUUUGUUUACAUUUUUGCCAGAAGUAUAGAUGGCUUUUGCAUCAGAAACUUGAAAAAUCGUGUUUUACUCUUAUUCAGUAAUUUAUUCAACGAAGCUAUGAGUCACGUUAAAUCUACAACAGCGAUCACCAGAUAGCAAACGCAAAUCACAAAACAUAUGAGUUAGUUAUGCGACACACCUCUGCUUGUUACAGAAAACUUGUCUGAUUAUUUGCUCUGAUUAACUAUAUCGCUCAAACUCUGACAUACCUUAACUGUGCGCAUUUUUUAAACAAUACCAAGCGGUCCGCAAAUAACAAAACACCGUCUUCGAAAUAAAAGUGCGAGAAAUCAAUAGAACCAAAAUCCUACUUUCAAACAUUAAAUCAAGUUUUAUUAUUAAUUGAGUUAUUUAUAUUGUCGCAAUAAUAACUUUUCCUAUUCGCUUCAUCAUAUUACGCUUUUCUGGAGCACUCAAAACCGAUUUUGCCAUUUUUGCUAAAUAAUGGCCGAAAAAUCGAAUUUUAAAGACGUUUUCUUGAGUCACUGCGUGCGAACUAUGGGCGCCGAAGCUCGCAAACUAUAUGACUAUCUUCAAGAACAGGAGAUACCUACAUUUCUGUGCGGCAUGCUGGAAGUAGGCGACGACUUCCGCAAAGAAAUCAACGGGAACGCUGCGAAUUGUAAAGCGAUGGUCGUGUUUCUAGACGAAGAUUGGACGAAAUCGGGAGAGUGUGACGCCGAGUUCAAGUCGGCAAUUUCGCUGUACAAUUCUAAAAACAGCCCGAAAAUUUUGCCGAUUGUGGUUGGAGGUUUUGAUUGGAUAAAACCUGAAAUUCAUUUUGACGUGCUUAACAUCACUUCGAGGUUUCAGUGUCUGCCGCUGGAUACAAAAGAUCCGCAACACGAUGAAAAAGUGUUCGCAGAAAUUGUCAGGAAAUGCAAGGAAUUGCUGUCAUCGAAUGAUGCGAAAAAACAGUCUGCUUCAUCGAUCAAUGAGAAGACGCAGAGCAUUUUGUCUGAUUUCGUAACCUGUCAGAAAUGUAGCGGUACUUUCAGGGAUCCACGGUUGAUGCCAUGUAGUCACACUUUCUGUAAAGAGUGUUUGGCUAACUGGGAAAAGUCACAGAGUGGCGCCCUGACCUGUCCUAAAUGUUGGGUCAAAUGCGAUAUCCCUGUAGACAAAUUACCAGUUGAUACCAGAGCAACGCAGCUUAUUGAGGGAGGAUUCCAGGCAGGCUCUGCUAGCUCCAGCCAAGCUACUGCAACUAUCGAAACCGAAACAGUCGCAGUGGACCAAGAGCUCGCCAAAUGGUUUGAAGAUAACUCGAUUCCGACGGAAGCACAAAAGGUGCUUAUCGGUGAAGCAUUCGAUUCAUUAGAAGUUGUGUUGGAAUUGACCAAAGACAGUCUCGACAAAUUAACUGAGCUGAAAGAGGGACACAGACUCAAAAUCUUGAAAUCAAUCGAAAAAUCAAAGCCUAAUUUUGACGCUAUUUCAAAGUCGGAGGAAAUGAAGCUUGUGGAAAGCAUUUUCGAUGAAAGAAUUUUAGAGUCUGGAACUCAUCCUAAAGACGCAUCGAAAUUCUGGGCGGCGUUUGAUGAAAAGCAGCGCGAUGAUGUCACCAGUCAAUUUAAAAAAUUGGGAGAAAAACUUAUAAAUUGUGACAUUGACUCGCAUGUGAGAAGUCUAAAAGCUGAUAAACUUCACAAGGUAGCGAUGGUUCUUUGCGAAGCAGGAAAAUACGAAGAUGCAGAGAAAUUAGCACUCCAAUCCAUGGAAACUCGAGAGAAUAAAGAAGAUCAGUCAUACUUUCGGUCGAAUGUGUUAAUGCUGCUGGCGAUGUUGAAUAGAAUCAGAAUCGGUGUAAUGUUUAUCGACAAGAAAGACACGAGCGUAACGGAUUUGUACAAGUGUCAUUUGGAACAAUGCGAUAGUUUAUUGAAGAGAGGCGACAAAGUUCUCAGUGACCAAAUGAAAAUAAAGGUCACUGGUAUGAAAAUGUUUUCAAUCCGAUCAGUCAAAGCGAGAGACCCAAGCUUCAAAUAUGACGUGAAAACGUUGCUGAAAGUGACCACGAAACUUUGCAAGAAUGUUGACGACAAAGGACUGUACGCAGAAUUUCUGAUGAACGAAGCUCUUCUCGACAACAUGAACGAAAAACCGAGCAUCGAUAAUCGAAUCAAGAAAUUGAUCGAAGCGAGAAAAGUCUGCAACGAGGAUCGAGAUCUCGGAGAAUUCACAACAUUGAUGUCGCGAAUUUCUUACAAUUUGGGAGGCGCGUUUGAAGAAAUCUACAAAGAUGAACUAUCUUAUGAGUGCUUCAGACGAUCUUGGUUAAUCGAUUUACAGCUAAAUGGAACCCAUCAUCCGGAAACUAUAAAAUCAGGACAGGUGCUGCUGGAAACGGAGCAUUUGAAGAAGAUUGGACUGGAGAAAAAAGACAAUUUACCUGAUGAUCCAAGGAUGAAUAAUGAUGAUUUGGAAUUUGCAAAGAGGCUGGAACCUGUGUACGCAUACAAAAAAUAGUUCGAAGAAAUAAUACAAAAAUUAAAGCGAGUAUACAAUUAACAAACUGAAUUAUGUCAAAGUUGAUUACUAAUUAAUUCCUCAAACUCGAAUAUCCCGAGGAAAAAAGACUAUUGGAAAAUCUUAACGCAACUUUUUCUGUACAAAAAAAAACUUGCUUCUAUUGUCAUUAAAAAUUGUAGAUAAAAUUUACAAAGGUGUAUUUUAUUUGUUUUUCUAGA